UGCCUGCUUCUUGGGUCCAUUUGCUUGGAAAGCUGUCUUCCAACCCUUUACUCUCGGAAUCUGUCAAGUCCCCAUUCUAAAAUGUCCUUGGAAGAAAUGAAAGACCUCCAUCUUGAAGAACAGCACCUGCAGCCAGAAACCAAAGAAGUGAAUGGGAUCCUCAUGUCCAAGCUGACAAGUGAUAACUGGGACAAAAUAUGGAACUUCCAAGCAAAGCCUGAUGACCUCCUCAUUGCAACCUAUGCAAAGGCAGGUACCACCUGGACACAGGAAAUUGUAGACAUGAUCCAAAAUGAUGGGGAUGUAGAAAAGUGCCAGCGGGCCAACACCUAUGACCGCCACCCUUUCAUCGAGUGGACUUUGCCUCCACCCCUCAACUCAGGUCUGGAUCUGGCUAACAAAAUGCCUUCACCCAGAACCCUAAAGACUCACCUGCCUGUUCAGAUGGUACCACCUUCCUUCUGGAAAGAAAACUCAAAGAUUAUCUAUGUGGCCAGAAAUGCCAAGGACUGCCUAGUAUCCUACUACCAUUUCUCAAGAAUGAACGGAAUGCUGCCUGAUCCUGGUACCCUGGAAGAAUACAUUGAAACAUUCAAAGAUGGAAAAGUGCUGUGGGGCUCUUGGUAUGACCACGUCAAGGGCUGGUGGGAUGUGAAAGACCAACACCGUAUUCUCUACCUCUUUUAUGAAGACAUGAAAGAGGACCCCAAGAGAGAAAUUAAGAAGAUAGUAAAAUUCCUGGAAAAAGACAUAUCAGAAGAAGUUCUAAAUAAAAUCAUCUAUCACACCUCUUUCGAUGUAAUGAAGCAAAACCCAAUGGCCAACUAUACCACUCUACCAACCAGCAUCAUGGACCACUCUAUCUCCCCUUUCAUGAGGAAAGGGAUGCCUGGAGACUGGAAAAACUACUUCACUGUUGCACAAAGCGAGGAUUUUGAUGAAGACUAUAGGAAGAAGAUGGCAGGGAGCACUCUUACUUUCCGCACAGAGAUCUGAGAACAAUAGGGCACCCUAGAUUUCCUGACUAUAUUUUUUAGCCAUUUGAGCCUUCUGUUAAAGUAUAUUUAACAGCUCCAUUCCUGAGCUGUUGCAUGGUUCUGUGGGCCCUAUGAUACUAUUUCAUCAAAAUGUAAUCAGAUCCUGUACAGAGUGCUUUCAGUUACAUCAUGUGUUUAUUCUUAUUGAUACCUACCAGAUAACCAUGCAUUUUCCUGAACUUAGGUGAAAUAAAUGGAACACUAUUAAUAUCCUACUUUUUUCUUAGAGGCAAAAGUCAUGAAUACAGAAACAUACAUGAGAACAGGAUUUCAGCAUAAGAAAGUAAAUUUAAAAAGCAAAGAGAAUGAGAAGUAAGCACUGGUCUUAAAUUGAAGAGUAGCUAUUUUUCUUAACAAUUGUUUUUGUCUGUUGCAUGAUACUACAACAAAACAGUUUAUAAAGCAUAAAAAUAUUUCUUUCUUACUAUUUUUAAGGCUGGGUGAUUAAAGUAAAAGAACCCACAUUGGCAAGACCCCCCCUCUUUAAUGUAGGAGUCCUCUGUCUGCUUAUAUACCUUCAUGCCAAAGAGGGCACCAGAUCCCUUUAUAGAUUGUCAUGAGUUGCCAUGUGGUUGCUGGGAGUUGAACUCAGGACCUCUGGAGGAGCAGUGUUCUUAGCUGUUGAGCCACUCACGAACCAAACAAUACCCUUCUAAUUGCAUCCUCGUAUGAUGGAAUGUGGAAGGCAAAGAGGGAAGGUGAUCAAAUUCAAGCUUUUUUCAAGAACUUGUGAUAACUCAUUCCCAUGACAAUGUUCUUACGCCUUCUAACUCUGCUACACUGGUGACUCAGUUUCUAAUACAUGAACAUUAAUACAUAUUCAAAUUACAGCAGUGGUCCAAGAAUGAGACUCCAUACUCCAAGACCCAUAGACUACCUAACAAAAACCACAAUAUCUGGCAAAAAAAAAAUGCCUUUUGAGGUUUCAGUGUUGUCCAACAGAUCCCUAUAACCCUCAGCUUCCUCACAGAGGUAGAAGACUAAAUCUCUACUACUAGCAACUCCAUAUAUUUUGGGCCAUGCACACAACCCAGAAAAUCUGAGUUGGACCUGUCCCACACUCUUAGUGAUGUGGAGACUAUCAUUUUUCCUAAAGAAUGCAGGGUUAAUUUUUUUAAAUAAUAAAUGUACAUUCUACCAGCAAAGAAUGUCAUCAGAAUUUAGAUAGUCAAUGUCCCCAGCUCCAUCAAUCUUUAUACAUCAUCUGAAAUGCAAUUUACAGUGUCCAUUUCUUCUGUGUUGAUGUUCUUUAACAGUAGACAACCUGUGAACUUAAUUUUCUUCAUUGUCAUUGAGUCAUUUGAACAACAACAACAACAAAAUAAAUAAAUCAAGUAUUCAGGUUUCCAUAAUACAACCUCUAUAGGUAAGAGGUUUGCAUUUAGGCUAACAAAGCUUUCAGGUAAAAUAAUGUGUAUAUUAAGGUGUGUAUAUCUUCAAACUCAUUUUAGGAGCAAGCAACCAAACUCAUUAUUUGGAAAAAACAGUUCAAAAUAUUAUACAUAUGAUAAUUGAUACUGUCACUUUUAAGAAGUAUUUGGUUAACAUAGAUAGUGGCCAUGCUUUUCUACUGCCAGAUUCAGCCAUGUUCUACUGGUGUUCUUUUUACUAUUAUAAAUAUAGUCAUGGGUCUCAUGUCUAACAACAUUAAAGAGUUGACUUCAAACAAAUGAACUAGAAAAUUUCCCCUUCAGAUGGUUUCGUUUGAACUGCCAUCUAAAGCAAUAGUACAUGCAGCUGAGUAUGGAUGUAAGUGCACAAAGGAACACAGAAGAUAGAAAGUCCAACAUUUACAGAGUUUAUAUUACAGUUUUAGUUUAAAGGACAGCAGACUUCAUAGAAAAAAAGAGUGAAAGGCUAUGGGGAGCAGGGUGCUAUGAUGUGGCUUACUAGUAUUGGACUUGCCUAGCAGAAAUAGCAUCCUGUAUUUAAUCCUGAUCACUGACUAAUCAGGUAAGGGUUGAUCAAGAUAGUGUUAGCCUUCUGCAAUAGCUAAUUAUUUCAGGGCUUCAGCUGAUUGGAUAAGGUCCAUACAUAUUACAGAAGGUAAUCACUUUACUUAAUCUACCAAUUUAAAUAUUAAUUGCAUUCAGAAUCUAUCCUCACAGAAAUAGCCAAUAUUUGACCAAAUACUGAGGCACUUCAUGGUGCAGUAAAUUUACUAUAGAAAACUAACUAUAACAAGCAGCAAAGCUCAAAUAUCAAAACCACUCAUUGUUAAUAUCUUGCAUUCCAGAAAUGUCUAUGUUCAUAUGGUAAGUUUAGCAAUAACCACUCCCAGAAGAGUUUGGUUGCCUCUCUGAAUUUCUAUCCCCGUUCUUUCUUCAGGAAUGUGUAUCUGUUCUGAAGCUAUUUGCUCAAUGUUAAAAUAUUCCAUCCUAGUGGGAAACUAAUUAAGACAUAAGAUGCAUUAACUCAAAGGACUCAGUAGUUCUUCAAACAUACCACAUGUACAACAUUCCUCUUUCCUCGGGGUUAUAUGACCAAUAACAACUGAUGAGGACACUCUCUGAACUUGUCAAAGUGCCUACAAGUUAUCCAGAGACCUUCUGAGUUACAGCAUUCAUUCAUUGUCAUACAUGCUGGUGUAGGCUUUUAGUGAUUUAGCUGCCUUUGAGUUGUUCAUGUAUCUGUAAGUAAAACCAAUAAAAUUACUGUU